GAUCUCAUCUAUCAUCUUGAGGGUGGUUUUUUCCCCUCUUGUUAUCAGUGACGACUUGUUGACGGUCGUCCACCUUUCACCUUGCUCUUACCUAAAAUAUACAUCUCACGCUCGAUUCAUCUCUCUUCAAGAUGAUCAUUGACGGAGAAAAGUGGGCUUGUGAUGCUUGUGUCAGAGGUCAUCGUGUUAGCAAUUGUCAUCAUUCAGACAGACCUCUGCAGCACAUCAAUAAAAAGGGUCGUCCUGUCUCACAAUGUACUCAUUGUCGAACCAUGCGCAAAUCCAGAGCAGCACAUGUUCGAUGUGAAUGCGGUUCGGAAAAGGCACAUUCCAAAGGAUCCUGUCCGGAAAAUGGAGACAUACAGGAUACCUGCUGCUGCAGCCAUGGAGCCCGAUGCACUUGCGCUUUGAAAAACGAUCAUCUCCCUCCAGUACCCGAGUCUGACUCUGACGAAACCCCUUCGAUUUCUGUACCAGUAUCCAAAUCAAGACGGCCUCGCGCGCAGACCACUCAAUCGGAAAACAAUUUGACGAUAUUUACCAAUGGUCACCACAAACCCGUACACAAGAAUAACAACAUGGCUCACAAAUGUGGUCUCCCAUACACUGUGCCCCGAGCACACUCAAUCCAUGGCCAAUCUUCAUCGAGCCUGGCCAAUAGGUCUGUUGACAAUUUACCACAUACGAACGCUAUCGAUACCUUACACAGCGAAUCUCAGAUCAAAGACUCGAUGGUGAGUGCUCAACAGGAGCAGCGAAUGGUCAAGUCCGAGCAUGCAUCGCCGCUCGUUAGCCCAACAACAAAUUUCCAGCAAAUGAAUGGACAAUUACCCCCUUUGGAUAUAACGAAUAUGUCGACCCCCGAUUACAAUAACAUAUAUCAAUUCGAUGGAUUUGGCGGGGCAAUCCAAGAUUUUGAACAACCGAUAUUCUCCGCCGGAAUCGGUUCCGCUUCUAUCGACUGGAGUAAUUACGAGGGAUUAAAUUUCAACGAUGAUAAUUUCGCAGCCUCUUCUUAUAGCCAAGCAGCAUCAUUUAAUGGAUUCGACUUUUCUAGUAUCGAUCAUCCAGCAUUAACGACUACAUCAACCUCUGGGGAACAAUCAGAAAUCGAAGAUUUUAUGGGUGUUUCGGACCCUUCCAGGCCUACAUUGAUGAAUAAUCAAAACAACCAAUAUGGAUCUGAUCUUGAUGCCUCAGAAUUUGGUGGAGAAGUUGAUAGAUACAGAUUAAGUACGACGUCAUCUUAUCUCGACAUGACACAGAUGCAAAUGCUCGCAAGCAAUGAUGUUGGAAAUUUUGGACUUGAGGAAUUCAUGAAACCAAGCCCCAGCGAAUUUAUACCAUUGACGUCUACAAACCACAGUCUACCCAUGACAGGAUAUCCAUCCGAGAUUAAGAAUACUCUGCAAAUACCAUUCGAGGAGAACAACACUUUCUUGCCCAUAAACGUAGAAGAGACCGACAAUUUUUGGAUGACGGAGUAUUCGGUCGCAAACAACAUUGCGGCCAACAAUGAGAAUGGAGUACAGGGUGAGAAUGUCUGGAGACAAUAACACCGGUGGAAAGGCAAAUGGCCUCUGUGUGCAAAUUCCUGAUCUUUGGAUAUCGAAUUCGAUUACUUACGAUGAUCACUUUCCCAUGAGUUUCAAGUACAGACUGGCGGCAAUAGCGUUUGGCACAAGAAGUGCAGCAUUUUCAGGUGGCAUUAUAUUUUUAUAGACGUCUCUUGUGUGAAUAGCGAUAAAUGACUUACAUGACCAAAACAUAUCAUGAUGCAUCCUGUGUAUGCACUUGAUAUGAAUGAAGUAACUGACUUUAGUGAUGAUCUCGCGUUUAUAUGUUUUUCCGUCCACAAAUUGAGGAUUGGAUGUCAACCCUUGUUACAUAGAUGUCUGCAGGCAAAACGGUUAUGCCGAAGUAACGAUACGAGAUGUACUUUAUCAUGCAUCAGUCGCUCCCAAUAUUCUUUACGCAAUGUCACCAUAAACAAGUCAACAGAUCGGCUGACAGAUUAGACGCUGACUUCACUAGUCUGAAUUCGUAAUGUAAAAGCACGAGAGGGCAGUAAGAAAAGUCGUAAGAAAGCGUC